AUGUCGUCGUCCUUGGUGAAGGGAAGAAGGUGGCAAUGUGUUAAGGAAAGUACCAGAGAGAUGACAAGAGAAGGUGAAAGCAAAUGUCUAGAAAAUAAUUUCUACUUACCAAAUGGGCUUUUCUCUUCCUGGUGUAACUCAGGUGUAAUAUCUUUGCUGAGGCCUCUUCUGCUGGAUGUCGCCCCAAAUAUUCAACACACUGCUGCUUUGGCUCUUGGGAGACUUGCCAAUUAUAAUGAUGACCUGGCAGAGGCAGUCGUGAAGGGAGACAUUCUUCCACAGCUCGUGUGUUCAUUGUCUGAGCAGAAUCGUUUCUACAAGAAAGCAGCUGCAUUUGUGCUAAGAGCAGUUGGUAAACAUUCUCCACAGCUUGCUCAGGCAAUAGUUCAGUGUGGAGCACUGGAAAUGCUUGUGAUUUGCUUGGAAGAUUUUGACCCUGGAGUCAAAGAAGCUGCAUCUUGGGCGCUUGGGUAUAUUGCCCGACACAAUGAAGAACUGUCACAAGCUGUGGUGGAUGCAGGAGCUGUUCCUCUUUUAGUGCUCUGUAUCCAGGAGCCAGAAAUUGCUUUGAAAAGGAUUGCUGCUUCAACUCUCAGUGAUAUUUCAAAGCAUUCUCCAGAGUUAGCACAGACAGUAGUGGAUGCAGGAGCUAUCGCUCACUUAGCUCAGAUGAUCCUGAACCCUGAUGCUAAACUGAAGUGUCAGGUGCUGUCAGCUCUAAGCCAAAUAGCCAAGCAUUCAGUGGAUCUCGCAGAGUUGGUGGUUGAAGCAGAAAUUUUCCCAGUUGUGCUCACAUGCCUGAAGGACUCAGAUGAUUGUGUCAAGAAAAAUGGUGCAACUUUAAUUACAGAGAUAGCAAAGCACACGCCUGAGCUUUCACAGCUUAUAGUAAAUGCAGGUGGAGUUGCUGCUGUGAUUGAUUGUAUUGGCAGCUGCAGAGGGACUGUCAGACUGCCUGGCAUCAUGAUGCUUGGUUACGUAGCAGUUCAUUCGGAGAACCUUUCAAUGGCAGUCAUUGUCUCCAAGGGAAUACCACCACUGUGUGCCUGCUUGAUAGAAGAACAUGAGGAUCAUAUUAAGGCAGCAGCUGCUUUGGCUUUGGGUCAUAUCGGAAGACAUACUCCUGAGCAUGCAGCUGCUGUUGCAGUAGCAAACGUGCUACCCACACUGCUUGCUAUGUAUAUGGACACACACAGUUCGGGAGAUCUUCAAAUGAAAACUAAAAAAGCCUUAAAGAACAUCCUUCAGAAAUGUACGUAUCUUCCAGCACUUGAACCAUUGCUGCACGAUGCCCCUCCCAAUAUUAUGAAACAUAUCAUUGGGCAGUUUAGUAAGGUGUUACCACAUGACAGUAAAGCACGUCGUCUCUUUGUAACAACUGGUGGGCUUAAAAAGGUUCAAGAAAUAAAAGCAGAACCUGGGUCACUUCUUCAAGAAUAUAUCAACACUAUUAACAAUUGCUAUCCAGAGGAAAUAGUAAGGUAUUACUCCCCUGGAUAUUCUGAGAUGCUUCUGGAAAGGGUGGAAAAUUACCAUCCAGUUUUAUAAACUUCAGUUUUUUAUUAGAGCUGUAUUUCACAUUUAUGCCUAUAUGACUGUAAUACAAAUACAGCUGUUGAAACUCUCAUUUGAUUCUGAAGUGUCCUUCUACUGUUUGAACUACGGAAAGAGCUCAGCAAUUCCAGCAAGCUGUAUUUUUUUUAUAAACUUGUUUGU